GUCCGACCGGAUUUCCUUGUUUACAAACGUAUGUUAAAUAAGCUCCAUGGAUGUUAUGUUUUUAACUUUAAUGGUUUCUUUGCUAAUGUUUGUUUGUAUUCUAAAUUAUCAUUUAUCAGAGACCAAAGCCUUUCUAGAAUAAGAAAUAAAUCUUUUGGUGUCAGUUGAGGACGUGGGAUCAUAAAGUCAGAUUGACUCGUUGUCUUACAUACGGCGUCCUCGCGGGUGUUCAAGUAUCUCUUAUUGACAACUCCAUAUCCAAAACGUGUCAGAAAGGCUUGUGGGCCGAUAGAGACUGGCUCAAUUUAACAAUGAUUGUGGAUACAAAAGGGGAAGUAAUCACUCCAAGAUCAGUCAUGACUGUGUCUUUUCGAGAACGGGAAAGAAUUGGAAAGCGUGAAAUUGAGGUGUGCUCGUUUGUCUAUAAGACCGAAUGUUUGGUGAAAAAAAUUCAUGGCUGUUUCUGUUAUGAAACAAAUGGAGAGAAAUACUACAUCCAAUACAUCGAAAUAGCAAAGUUGCAAUACAGCAGAAAUUAUGUUAUCUUCAACAACGGAAAGCCUAAUGAAACGAUGAUUCUUCCACCUAUUGUAAAUGAUAAUAUAACCGUCACCCUGGGCCUAAAUAGAGAACGUCCUUACGACAUCACAAACUCCAACUGCAAUUAUACUUUCUCAACCACUUUACUACAAUCCAAUUUGGAUUUCUGUGUCUGGGGACUGAGCUAUCCAAAGCUACGCUAUGAUUUUGGCGGCUCGGUUGAUGACUGUCUUACCAUAGAGUUUGUUAAUGUUAAUGAGACUAUGUCACUUUCUGUCAAGUAUGAGGAUAGUUGUAACCGCAGCAGAAAGUUCACAUGCUAUGUUUACGUGAUACAGUAUAUUAUAACCGUGAAGACUACGACUACAGCCAUUUUCAACAGCACAGUACCAUACAUUGAAACACCACAGACAGAAGCGACCAGGUCUGCCUUCUCCGUGGCCUCAAUUCUGUUAGCUCUAAUUGUUCUUGCCGUCUGUUCUUUCGGCCUCUAUUAUUAUUAUACACAUUACUACGAUUCGGGAACUCAAGGGGAAGAUGAGAAUCAAGUUAAAGAAACAGAGUUGGACAAAACGGACGCAGAAACGUCAGGCAAUACCACCGACAUAGUGUCAGUCAAAAGCAAGAUUGAACCAUUUUGAAGCUGUUACCUUAUAUAGGUCAUAGCAUUGAAAAUUGUCACAUCGUUAAGGUCAUUGCAGUGUCAAAUUCUCUUCUCAUCAAGAUCAUAGCACUGUGAUGCUUCAUUCGGACAUAAUUCAGUAUCGCCGCGAUGGUUUGCUCUCAGCUCUAGCUCAACGUCUAAUUGUCUCCCCUUUUGUGAUCCUAACAAUCAGAUCUCUGUUGAUAGAAGCUACACCGAUUCCCUGUUAUUAUUCAGGCAUACAUGCUUCGUUUUAGAAAGAGCAUAAUCACAGCUGUACUUUCACAGAUCUGCCAUUAACUUAUACAAUAAUAGGUUUUUAUUUAUAUCUUCUAAAACUUAGGCUUUUAAUAUUCAAUUAUGAGAUGACACAUUUCUCAUCCAUCACGCAUCGCUGAUCAAUAUAUUUUUUUUUAUCCAGACACCUCAUAGACUCACUGAUGAAUAGUUUUAUCAUGAUACAUCUUUGAUCAUCAAUCAUAUAUCAUUGACAAAAGAACUGACAGAUUAGAUUUUUUUUUCGCCAUCUGUAUCCACGCUCUGCAUAGGAAGGAGGUGUUUAUUGUACUAGUAUUUUUUUUUCUUACAAUUAGUUCUUUUUCUCUUACUGUCUCAAAUAUAUGUAUAUAUAUGUGUGUGUGUGUGUAUACGUGUGUUGAUACUUUAAAAGCGCCUUUGUAAAGCUGCUGAAUGAUUCCUAGUAAAUUGCUAUAAAAUCUCUC